GCGCGCUGAUUGGUUCCGAGUGUUUCCUGUCCGCAGAUUUCCUUCCCUUUUUUUAGUCCGUUCUAGUUUCAUAUACCACUGCAACCAGGGCAUUCAUCCUCGUUUUCUAAUUUUAAUGACCGAGCACUAACGGUACCCUUCGAUUUGUGUUUCAGAUAUGGAGCCAUUGCUGGCAUGUACUAGUCCUUUACCUAUCACAUACUAUUUUAAUGUCAUCAUUAGUACAAGGCCAAUGUUUUGGCGGCACGGAGACUUACGAGAAGACGACGGGGGUGAAGUUCUUGUUCGGGGCGUCGCAGGGGAUCCUGACCCAGCCGGGCACUGGCAUCACCCGCGACUGCACCGCCAUCUGCAGGCAGACUCCCACCUGCGCAGGAUUCACCGUCGACUAUGAGGCGUCCAGAUGUCAGUCGUACAGCGCCGACUCCAGCGGACACCGGUCGAGCCUGCACGAUGCCCUGGGGAGCAACUACUUUGAGAAGAUUUGCCUGCGAGGAGUGUCGAACCUGAACGCCAUGUGCGGCGACCGGCUGUGGGCGUUCGAGCGCGUCGUCGGCGCCUUUCUGGACGGCUUCGACGACCGCGAGGAGCACAACGUGCAGACCAAGACGGAGUGCGAGAAGCUGUGCCUGUUCGAGACGGCCUUCACCUGCCGCUCGGCCGAGUUCGACGAGGCGCAGAACAUCUGCCGGCUCAGCAGGGAGGACCGCCGGAGUCAGCCGAGCGCCUUCCGCCGCCAGCCUGGCAGCGCCGUGGACUACCUGGAGAACCAGUGCGUGCGCUCGCUGCCGGACUGCCGGUACAACGUGCGCCCGGGCUUCUCCGUGGUCUCCAUGGACGAGCUGCAGUUCGCCGCCAGCCAGUCCGAGUGCGAGGCGCUGUGCGACCAGGCGCGCGGCUUCACCUGCCGCGCCUUCACCUACGCGGCCGACGAGAAGCGCUGCUACCUCAGCGGCGACGACUCCAUCUCGCUGAGCAACGCGCCGCUCGCCAUCAAGCGCGGCGCCGUGUACGCCGAGAAGCAGUGCAGCAUCAGCCAGUGCGACGACGGCCUGUUCACGUUCGAGAAGGUGACGGGCCACUUCCUGCGCUCGGCGCAGCAGGUCGGCCUGGCCAUGGCCUCCUCGCCCGGGGUGACCCUGGAGUGCGGGGCGCGCUGCCUCGAGGCGGGCUCCGACUGCCCGGCCUUCUCGCUCGACUACGCGGCCAUGAAGUGCUUCAAGCUGGACCGCAACACGCAGGGCCGCGGGUCGGAGCUGUCGCCGCGCGAGGGCCAGACGUACUUCGAGAAGAUCUGCCUGCGCGGCAACGUGCGCGGCUGCGUGGGCCGCGCCUGGGCCUUCGAGCGCCGCCCGGGCAAGGAGCUGCGCGGCCUGGACGACGUCAAGCUGCCGCUCGUGCAGACGAGGCGCGACUGCCUGGAGGCGUGCCUCGCCGAGCGCCGCUUCGACUGCCGCUCGGCCGAGUACGACUCGCAGACGGCCGAGUGCAGGCUCAGCUCCGAGGACCGGCGCACCCGGCCCUCCGAGUACGUGGACGCGCCGGCCAACGUCGAGUACCUCGAGAACCAGUGCCUGUCGCCCGACCCCCGCUGCACGUUCGAGUCGGUGGCCAACUCGUACCCGCGCUACCUGGACCUCGUGUUGCCGCUCGUGGCGGACGAGCGCGACUGCGAGCGCCGCUGCUACUCGUACACGGACUUCAUCUGCCGCUCGUACUCGUACUACCCCAGCGGCUCGCAGUGCUUCAUCAGCGGCGACGACAGAGCGUCGGCGGGCCCUGAGGCGCUCAUGAGCCGGCCGGGCACCAACUACCUGGAGCGUAACUGCCACCACACGGGGCCGGGAGGGCACCCGAUCCCCGGCGCCCACGGCGGGCCCGGGGGGAUCAUCGGCAACCUGCCGGGCUUCGGCCCCGCGCUGCCCGGUAGACCCCUGCCCGGCGAUCCCUCAGGUACAAUCUUCAGCAGAGCGGGUCAGCCAGAGCUCGUCGGCGUCGCCAAUGGCCGGUGCCCCGGAGGCGGGCGGCCCGAGUUCGAGAAGGUGGCGGGCUUCGAGCUGGCCGCGGGCCGCGCCUACAACCUGGAGCGCGACACGACGCCCGGCGUGGCCGUGCAGUGCGCGCAGCUGUGCCGCUCCGACCCGCGCUGCGGCGCCUUCAACCUGGACUACGCGCGCUCCGAGUGCACGGCCCUGGAGGGCGAGCCCAGCGCCACGCGCCAGCGCCUAGACCUGAGACCCGUGCCCGGCGUCGCCUACUUCGAGGCCAUCUGCCUGCGCGGCGGCGGCUGCGGCCUGGCGUGGACCUACGAGCGCCACAUCAACUUCGAGCUGCGCGGCUACGACCGCGUCAUGAUCCCGGGGCUGAGCAAGACCGAGUGCGAGGAGCGGUGCGCCGACGAGCGCACCUUCCUGUGCCGCUCCGCCACCUACAACUACCGGCGCCAGGAGUGCCGCAUGAGCACCGAGGACAGGCACACCCAGCCGCACGCCUUCCUCCCCUCGUCCGAGGCCGACUACUUGGAGAACCAGUGCGCCUCGCUCGCCGCCCCUCUGGAGCGGUGCGUGUACCGCAACCAGCAGCGCGACCGCCAGCUCGUGUACACCGACAAGGCCCUGUCCACGUUCAGCGACUCGAGCUGUCAGCACGCCUGCGACGUGGAGCGGGAGUUCCUGUGCCGCUCGUACACCUUCCUCAGCACGACGGGGCAGAGCUCGCACCAGUGCCUGCUGAGCGGCAGCCUGGGCUCGUCCAUGGACAGCACGGCGUACCAGGCGCAGAGCGGCGCUCUCUACGCGGAGCGGGAGUGCACCGGGCUGCCCCUCCUCAACCCCACGGCGCCGGGCAUGGGCUUCGGCCCCACGUUCGGCCCGACGUUCGGCCCCACCAUCGGCCCGACCCUCGGCCCGAGCCUGGGGCCCAGCUCGUCGCCCGUCCCGCCGACGGCGGGCGCCUUCUACCCGCGCCCGGGCGGCUACCCGUCCUUCCCGCUGCUCCCGGGACGACACGCUGGCGGCGCCGUGUCGGUGACGCCCUACCCGACGGGCGUGUACCCGGCGGGCUCGCCCGGGCCGUACGCGGGCGCGUACCCACCGGGCGCCUUCCCCUCGCCGUCGCCCUACCCGCCGCUCGCGCCGGCGCCGGACCGCAACUUCCAGGGCGCCUUCCCGACGGGCACCUCGACCGGCGGCGGCUUCGGCACGGGCUUCGGCACGGGCACGGGCUUCUCCACCGGGCCGGGCGGCGCCGCGGGGCCCGCCGGCAGCCCCAGCCCCUUCUCGCCCAAGCCGGGCGCGCCCGACCCCGUCCUCAACCCGUACCCGUGCAGGGGCACGCUGUCGUACGAGAAGGUGGCGGGCGCGACCUACACGCCCGCGCGCCGGGACGCCAUCCGGACGCGCGCCGACAUCGGCAUCUCGGGCGAGUGCCUGGUGGAGUGCGCGCAGCAGCGGGAGCGCUGCCUGGCCGUCAGCCUCGAGAACGUCCGCGGCGGCCGCCAGCGCUGCUACUCGCUCGACCGCUCGUCGGACGCCGAGGCCGCGCCGCUGGCCGCCGCGCCCGACCUCGCCUUCUUCCAGAAGAUCUGCCUGCAAGAACGCCCCUGCCCGAAGGCGUGGGUGUUCAACCGGGUGCCGAGCUACGAGCUGGUCGGCACCAACUCCAUCGAGGUGCGGAACAUCUUCAGCCGGCGGCAGUGCCAGGACGAGUGCCUGCGCGCCACGCGGGUCGUCUGCAGGUCGGCCACGUACUACGCGAGGGACCAGCUGUGCAAGCUGAGCCCCGAGACCCGGCGCACGCAGCCGCACACCUUCCGCAGGGCCACGCCCGACGUGGACUACAUGGAGAACGAGUGCGCGCCCCAGCCGCCCAACUGCGAGUACUCGGACUCCCCGGGACGCUUCCUGCCAUACACGGACCGCUACGUGGCGAGGACCUUCGACGUGAACGAGUGCAAGCGCCUCUGCGACCAGGAGCGCGAGUUCCAGUGCAGGUCCUUCAACUUCCACGCUGUCCGCAGGGACUGCUUCUUGUCCUCGGACGACACGUUCGCGGCGGACCGCGCGGCCCUCAUGCUGGACCGGGACUUCUACUACAGCGAGCGCGGGUCCUGCAGCAACGUGCGCGUGGACUGCACCCAGUCCGACAUGCUCAUCACGUUCCUGUUCGGGGCGCCGUUCGAGGGCCGGGUGUACGCCACGGGCAACCCGCAGGCGUGCUUCGAGAUGGGCAGCGGCCAGGCGCAGCUCGUCCUGCGCAUCCCCAUGGGCACGCAGUGCGGCACCGUGCAGCAGGGCCGCGGUCGGUACGUGAACCAUGUAGUGAUCCAGCAGAACCCGGUCAUCAUGCAGGAGACGGACAAGACGGUGCGCGUCGAGUGCUCGUUCGACGCCAGCGACCAGACCGUGUCGUACGCGCCUUCCGGGACGCGCGACCAGGAGGGCGGCGGCAUCUCCGUCACUGUUCCGUUCCGACCGUCCGGAGCCAACAUCGUGACGAACACGGCGCCCACGCCCAACGUGCGCAUGCGCAUCGUGACCCGCGCCGGCCAGGAGGCCGCCGUCGUCGGCCUCGGGGAGGAGCUGCAGCUCCGCGUCGAGAUCGACCCCACGAGCGCGUUCGGCAUCUUCGCGCGCAACCUGGAGGCGCGCACGGACAACGGCGAGCUACUCACCCUCAUCGACAACGUGGGCUGCCCCCGGGACCCCAUCAUCUUCCCGGCGCUCCAAGUGGAGCGUGGCAGUCGCGACUUGUUCGCGGACUUCAAGGCGUUCCGCUUCCCGUCCACGGCCACCGUCAACUUCGUGGCCACGGUCCAGUUCUGCCAAGACAUCUGCGAGCCGAUUCGCUGCUACAACGGGGUGCACUCGUUCGGCAAGCGGCGUCGGCGCUCGGCCAACGACUCCGCCGUCAUCGAGGACGUGUCCGAGGCCGUCGUCCAGGAGGGUCGACCGGCCCCUCUCGCCCUCGUCCAGCUGAACGAGAGCUCCACGACGUCCUCGCCCAUCCACUCCUCGUCGACGCCGAGCACCACGACGACCAGCUCGACCCUGGCGCCGCAGACCACCGCCAUGGCCUCCACGUCGGCGGCCUCCACAACGAAUGCGCCCGAGUCCGUCACAGUCGCGACCGCGCCCUCGGCCUCCAGUACCGCGCGCACGGCCUCCACGACGACCCCGUCGUCCGCCUCGUCGACGACAACACCAACAACCACGACGACAACGGCUAAGCCCGAGGCCGACCUGCCGGGAGAACUCCCCUUGCAGCUCAGGCUCGUCGUGGGCGAGGACUCGCUCCCCAAGCCCGCCACCCCCAAGAAGAACGCAAACCUUGGCCCUGGUUCCACGCCUAUCCUGGACGGGGGAAGGCCUGCGAGUGUUAUACAACAGGGAUCGGACGUGAGCGCGAGCCCGGUGGAGAGCGCUGACUGCACACCCCAAUCGUCUCUUGUGGCUGCCACAACUUCACUAAUGCUGUUGAACGCAGCCCUCUGUGUAGGGUUCGCCUUAUUUUAUCGCGUUCGAAAGAGGCAAUGGAGUAAAGCAAGCGAUCAUGGGGCUCAAUUUGCACCAGUCCAGGUUGGGGUACCAGAAGUCUUAUUUAGGAAUGUAUAUGACAGACUUCCUCCAAACCCAACAUUUUCUACCCUAAGCUCAAGCCAGCUGAGCAGCACCUGAAAAAGUAAUACCAAAAAGUCAAAUAGUUUGGUCCAAUUUUUAAACUAUUCGUGUUUGUGACUCUUUCUUUCAAACUUGAGUACCUGUGAAAAGAAAUGUCAUAAACGUCUAAAUACUUCAACCAGCCUCAAAGUAUGGCAAAAAGCUAUUGAAGAUGUGGUUUGUUGUCAAUAACUUCCCUUAGAAAAGUUUUGUAUUUUUCCAUUUGUAAA